AUGUAGUCUAAUCAAAUCCCUAUUGCUGGUUCAGUGGAAAUCAUUACAAAUAAACUAUAUUGGAUCUCAGAUCGAUAGGCUCCUCGUAACCAGCCAAAUGCUUUUUAUUUUUGUAUUGAUUAGAAUCUUGUAUAUGAACCAUUUUUUGCUGAUUUUGGCCCUCUAAAUUUGGGUCACACCUAUCGAUUUGUGACAGAACUGGAGAAAUUGCUGAACGAUAAGACAUAUCAAAAAUAUGCUAUUUAUCACUAUACAAGUCUGGAUAGUGCUAAAAGAGCAAAUGCUGCUUAUUUGAUGGGUGCGUUCCAAAUCAUAAUUCUGAAAUACAGUGCUGACGACGCAUGGAAGCCAUUUUUAAAUGUAAAGCCAGAAUUCUAGGAUUUCAGAGAUGCCACUUAUGGACAAUGCAACUAUAAAUGCACUAUCCUUCAUUGUUUGAGAGGCCUCGAGUAUGCAAUAAAAUUAAAGUGGUUUGAUGUUAGAAAGUUCAAUCUUAGAGAUUAUGAAUUUUAUGAAAGAGUAGACAAUGGAGAUCUGAACUGGAUCAUUCCGAAUAAAUUAAUAGCCUUUUCAGGACCUUCCGCAACUUAAAAGGAUGCAGAUGGAAACCGAACAUUUACUCCUGAAGAUUAUGUUCCCAUAUUCAAACAAUUUGAAGUGACUUGUGUUGUGAGAUUAAACAAAAAGUAAUAUGAAGAAUAGAGAUUUAUUAAAAAUGGAAUAAAGCAUGAAGAUAUAUAUUUUCUUGAUGGAUCUGUGCCAGGAGAUGAUAAAAUUCUAAGAUUUUUAGAAAUCGCUGAAAGAGAAAAAGCUGUUGCAGUUCAUUGCAAAGCAGGAUUAGGUCGUACAGGUACUCUGAUAGCUGCUUAUGCAAUGAAGCAUUACAAAUUUCCAGCUUAAGACUUUAUAGGAUGGAUUCGUAUAUGUAGACCAGGCAGUAUUUUGGGUCCGUAAUAGAUCUUCCUACUGCAAAAAUAAGAUUGGUUGAUUGACUUGGGAAAAGACUCUCAAAUAUGGAAUCAAGUUAAUCAGAUUGCUUAGGAAGUCAAAAUUGAAUAAAGAUUAUAGGAUUUGUAAAUAGAACCUAUGAGUGAAGGUAAUUUAAAUUUAAUAGUAUUUCAAAUAGAAGAUAAAUUCAAAGCUGAGAAUGGUGAUUAGGAUUAGGCUGAGAUUUUAAAUUUAGCUAAACUAAUGAACUAAAAUUCCAUAGGACCCAAAAGAUGA